ACGCCUGCUGGAGCAGCGUCCGUGUCUCUGAAACCCGGUGGGCUUUUGGGUCUUUCUCUCUCCGCAAGCCCUGAUGUUUCCUGGCAGAUCCAUGAGUUUCUGGUUGUAAAUUCUCCCUGAUGGUCUGAGGCUCGAUGGCCAGGAUCGUCCCACGGAAAGACGCUCCUGGCACCGGCAUCUUCCGGAAGAGACACGGAGACUUCGUGAUCCGCUCUGACCUGGGCUGCUAUUUGCGGACAGACCAUCUGGAGACUGGACGCUGCAUCGAGAUCCGGGGCCUGCACCCCUCAUGCCAGGGCGGGGAUCACUACCUGGGCUCUGAAAGGGACCCGGACAUCUACAUCAUCAAGGGCGACUCCUACCGGGUGGUACAGGACCUGAGCACAGAUGAAGGAGCUCGAGUCUACGAGCUGCAUCCCAAUUGCCGUGGCGGGGACCACUACAUGAAACGCGCCGAUUUCUUCUUCAUCCUCUUCUUUGGCCAGGGGGUUGUGCGUGGUGUGUGCGAUUUAAGCACAGACUCCAGGGGUGAAGACAUCCCCCUCCAUCCCCAGUGCUGCCUGGGGCUAUACUACUUUGGCAUUGGGAGCUACUGGGCAUUGGUCACGGUGGACCAAAGAUGGGGAGCUCAGUUCCACCUCUAUAAGAGUUUUAUCAACGCCAACCUGGCUGCAGUCUACUCCAUCCACCCUGACCUGGUGAGUUUCCUUCCUGGGGGGCUGGCCCUGACCAGAGGCCCCUCCUUCAGCGGGUGGGAGUGCAUCAAAACUCUCUCCAAUGACUCGGACACCCCCAUCACCUGGACUCAUGUCGUGGCCCGGAAGGUGGGUUUUGCCAAGGAGAAGGUGGCCAGCGUCGGGCGCAACUGGAACAUGGGGGCGUCCGCCUCACUUGGGGCCGGGGAGUUGACGGCGGCUGUCGUCAAGGCCCAGUUCUCCCUCUCGGCCCAGUACGGCGGGAGCAGUGUCAAGACGGAGAAGGAGGACUGGACUGAAGCCCGGGAGGAAGAGGAGACCUUCCAGGCUACCCUGGAACCCAAACAGAGCCUCUACGUGUGGCAGUACCGCCUCGGCCUGGGCCAGGAGCCCAUCUUGUUCUGUCGGGACAUCAAGUUCACCAAAGACCCCACUCCGCCUGCCACCAUCCCGCUGCCCCAGUUUUAAGACUAUCUUGAAGUGGACCAACCAGCGUUGGCCUGGACAUUCUUGUGCAUCCACGUGGCACAUCCUCCUACUCUAGCGGUUGUUGGGUCACAGCUAGGCGCAGCUACCCAAGGUGGGUCUUUUAGCUCAUGCACUAAGAUCACAAGCUUCAAUCCCUGAUGCUGGUAACUCACCGAGGGGUACAGUGGUUACACGGCUUGAGCUUCUUUGACUUGCUCUUGUGUUAAUAUCUGGAAAUCAGGGAUGUGGCUGGAGAGUCCAAUGGUAUUAGCUAGUAAUAGGAAGGCUGUUGUGGGGCUGACGAGUCCUGGAUUCAGUCCCUGGCUGGAAGCAACUGUCUUCCAUGAGUCUUUGGGUGGGUCAAAUUAGGGAAACUGAUGUAUCAAGCGAUUGAAGGGUGAAAGUGAUUUAGGCACCUCAGUCCUACUAAAAGCUUCCAUGUGACCAAGUCACUGCUAAAAAUGGGGUUUGGCCCCUGAAUCACUUUGAAAAAUUUGACCCUCACUUUGCCCAUCUGGACAAUGGGGACAGUAGCAUUUCUAUACUGCACAGGGCGCAGUGAGAAUUGUAGGCACGAUUGGGUGUCCAUUUUAUGCAUUUGCCGAGGUGCCUGUUAGAGUUUAAAUCUAGCAAAGUAGAUUUGCCAGUUGGAUAAAUAUAUUCCAUAGUGAACUGGAAUUGAAUGAGGAUAAAGCCUGGUUUGUUGAGUCCAUGCGGCUUACUUAUUCAAAUGCUAGGUUCUGCUAUUUCUCAAAUCAGGGCACUUGCUUAUCCUUAACCAAUCAAGACGUUUAUUAAUUCACCAAGGGCCACACAGACCAUGGUAAAUCACUAGAUUUAGAAAUCACGGUCAGAUACCCAGUAUGGACUGAACUCAAAAUACACGUGCAGUCAAAUGAAACAGACUAGCAUUGGGCCCAGCUGUUAUAGACUGAUCCAUAAAAUUUCUUUCAACAUUUACUUCUAAUCAUCAGUCACCAGUUUUGUAGUAUUUCUGCUACGUUUAUCACCCUCCCAGGAGUCCAGCGACUCUUGUCUUAAGGGACUUUGAGGCCAUGUGAUCACCAUUGUACCAUCUGGCUUGGAAACCCUGCUUUGGGAAAGCCUUGGCAGGAAAGGGACUGAUUUAAGUGAUCAAAAGCAAUUGCCUGAUAUUAAGUUUCCCUCUGGCCAAUUAACUUGGCUUUAUAAAGGUUUAUCCACAUACCGGUAAAAAUCUAAACUACCAAUUCUUGCAUCUGUCACCAGGAAGAGGCUGGGCUCAUCAGGGAAUUUGCAGGUCCCAGAUUUUAAAGGCCACAACAGACCCAGUCUCUUAAAUGAAAUCUCUUUGUGCCUUCUCAGCCCUGGGAACUCUCCAGUAGAGGGCGUCGUUCCACACAGCUGGUCUGUGUUGGUAGCACUUCUGUAGCUCCCUUUGUGGAUUCUUCUGCUGAAGCCCUAUCACCUUCAAGGAAGGGCUAGUAGGACAAUUGGGGGUGAGCUAUCUCUGGGAUCCCACAGGGCAUCCUCGGUUUUAUACAUCCUGAUUUAAGGGCCAUUGGAAACCACUCGGCUUCUGAUUUCUACUGGACACUUUCUUCAUGACCAUCAGACUUUGCUUGUUUGCAGUGUAGAUGAGAACAUAAGAACGGCUAUGCUGGGUCAGAGCAAAGGUCUAUCUAGCCCAGUAUC